AUGGCGGAUACGGUGUGUUCGGAUCCACUGAGAAAGGAGAGAUGGCGAGACGUUCGUCGACUGACGGACAGGCCGUCAGCUUAUGCAGUGCCGUGGUUUGAGCCAGGUCCUGAGAACAUGGCAGCUCUUCAAAAAAUGCGAGUUCUCGUUGUGGGAGCUGGAGGUCUAGGUUGCGAACUGCUCAAAAACCUAGCAAGUCAAAAUUUCCUUCCUAUAACUGCCCUAUCUGGCUUUCGAAAUUUAGACGUUAUUGAUAUGGAUACCAUAGACAUUAGCAACCUAAACAGGCAGUUUCUGUUCAGGAUGUCGGAUGUGGGAAAGUCUAAAGCAGAGGUAGCAGCCGCCUUCGUGCAAAAUCGAGUCAGCGGUUGCACGGUAACAGCUCAUAACUGCCGGAUCGAAGACAAGCCACCAUCCUUUUAUCGUCAGUUUUCUCUAGUCAUCUGUGGGCUCGACUCGAUUGCAGCGAGGCGAUGGAUAAAUGCCAUGCUUGUGAGAUUUUAG